CUGAAAUAUGGUGGCUUGCAUUACAAUGUUCAUGUAACAUACUGUAGUUAAAUAUAUUCUUCAAAUCUACAUUUCUUGCGUAAUUGUCUUAAAUGUAAGUGCAGCACAAUGCCUAAAUUCUACGAGGACAAAGAGGAGGAUGGCAGGGCCUGCUCGGGAAUCAGGGAGGACUUCAAGGCAUGUCUCCUUCAACACGACUGCGUUGUAAAGGAGGGGAAGAUGCCCAGUCAGUGUCUGAAGGAGGGCCACUGUAAGGCACUGCAGACCUCUUUCUUCGAGUGCAAGAGGUCCAUGUUAGAUAACCGGUCCAGAUUCAGGGGAAGGAAAGGCUACUAAUGGACCAAAGUUGAACAUCUCUGCAAUACUCACAGCACUGAAAUGAUUAAUUGUGAAUAGUAGCAAAACUAACUUAAAGGGGUCCAAAUGGGGGUUGUGUUUUAUUAUGCUG